AUGUUCAUUUUCCAUCUAUUUCAUUCUAUUCUUAUUUCAUUCUGCUCAUUAUCUCUGUCUAUCUAUCUAUCUAUCUAUCUAUCUAUCUAUCUAUCUAUCUGUCUAAUUAUAAUCAUUACGUACCUAUCAAAUUAUUUUCAUUAUCUGUCUAAUUCUAUUCAUAUCUAUUUUAUUCUGUUCGUUAUCUCGAUCUAUCUAUCUCAUUUUUAUUAUUAUCUAUCAAUCUAUCUAAUUAUGUUCAUUAACUAUCUAUCUAUCACAUUCUAUCCUUAUCUAUCUCAGACCGAUCAUUAUCUCUGUAUCUAUCUAUCUAUCUAUCUAUCUAUCUAUCUAUCUAUCUAUCUAUUCGGUGGCUUUUUCUUUUUUUUCUUUUUUUUUUUUUUUUUUGCUAUCCCGAUACCACUUUUACUUUUUCCUCGUCUUUUUGCCACUACACAUAUCUAUCACUGUCUUUUCAUAUCUAUCUAUCUAUAUAUCUAUCAGUCUGUUUGUCUGUCUGUCUAUCUAUCUAUCUAUCUAUCUAUCUAUCUAUCUAAACACCUCAUAUCUACCUCUGCUAAUAUCUAUCUAUCUAUCUAUCUAUCUAUCUAUCUAUCUAUCUAUCCCAUACCGUUUAUAUCCGGCUCUGUAUAUUCAUAUCUACCUCUGCUAAUAUCUAUCUAUCUAUCUAUCUAUCUAUCUAUCUAUCUAUCUAUCUAUCUAUCUAUCUAUCUAUCUAUCUAUCUAUCUAUCCCAUACCGUUUAUAUCCGGCUCUGUAUAUUCAUAUCUAUCUAUCUAUCUAUCUAUCUAUCUAUCUAUCUAUCUAUCUAUCUAUCUAUCUAUCUAUCCCAUACCGUUUAUAUCCGGCUCUGUAUAUUCAUAUCUAUCUAUCUAUCUAUCUAUCUAUCUAUCUAUCUAUCUAUCUAUCUAUCUAUCUAUCUGAUUCUGUUUAUUGUCUAUCUAUCUAUCUAAUAAAAUAUACCUUCCUCCUCUCUGAUACGUCUGAGAUCUUGAUUCCACCAUGUUCUUUUCCUUGUCGCCUUCUUUCUUCUCCUCCUUGUCCUCGUGUUCAUCUUCAACACUCCCAUUACACCGCUCAGUGA